GUUCAGCCACCUCUUGGAUUUUGGGAUCCUAUGGGGUUCACUGACGACGGUGACCUGCUGUCAUAUCGUCGCCGCCGAUCCGUCGAAUUUAAGCACGGGCGCAUUGCAAUGCUAGCGACCAUGGGCUUUAUGACUCCCGAGAUCAUCGGUCAUUGGCCAG